UCAAAUUUCCUCUCUCUCUCUCUCCCGCUGGUUCUCAGAUUUGUUCACAAACACCAUCCACCACAACCCAAACCCCGCAACAGCCGAACCCAACCCAGCAACCAUGAUCCCCAAAACCCUCCUCCUCGGCACAGCCACCCUCCUGGCCACCUGCGCCCAGGCCAUCGAGUUCAGCGUCAUCAUCUCCACCGCGGGCGACGACUGCGACCACAGCUUCGGCUCCUCGGACUACCACUACCUGGAGGUGGACGGGUCGCAGACGAUGGAGGUGCUGACGACGGCGCAGUGCCUGUCCGUGGGCGAGGACGAGUACGACGUCGACAUCGGCUGGUCCAACCUCAGCGGCCAGGACUACGUGCCGCCCAUCUACGCCUGCCCGGACAGCAGCUGCUCCAGCGGCUGCGCCCUGCUGUGGGCCGCCACCGAGUCCAGCAGCACCCAGUGGACCAGCUCGUGCGAGCACGCCUACAACGCCCCGUACCUGUUGGUGGAUGGGAUGCAGAAUCAGUGAUUUGCUUGUGAGGGUUGACUUCGUUGCACUUUGUGGGUGGGAGGAGAGUGUAGGGGCGCGGAGAGGGUGCGGUUAGGGAUGCUGGCUGGGGAUAGGUGUAUUUGCUUUGACACGAUAUGCUGCGUGUGUUGGUGUGGGGAUUCUCAUCUUAUUCUGCUGAAGUUGUUUAUCGUCUGUUAUCGACAAAUCGAAGGGUACACAUGUUUGUGUAGGAAACAGGAGAUACUCAGUGCUUUCAAAGGAAGGAAUGAAGUUAUUAGACGAGUCAAUCUACGAACUGUGCUCGGGGACUAUGGACGAUUAUCG